AUGGCCCUGGUAUCGGUACUGCUGCCCACAUAUUUGACGGACUUCGAUAAAGACAUGGACGGGCGAGAUCAGAAUCUCCUCGAUCUGCCCAUACCGACUGGUCUUUAUCUGCCUUUCGGUAGCGCUCACAGACUCCAUCCCGAAGCUUCAUUUCAAACCACCGCUCCCGGCAAUCUGGAUCAGCCGGGUGCGUGGAAUCUACGACUGGUAUACGGUCUGCGACCACCGCUGGAGGAUCUGUUGUAG